CUUCGACCUCAUCGCUUUUCUAUUUUUUAAUUUGGUUUUCUUAUCCAUCACUUUUCUCUCUCUCUUUUGAUGUUCUUCCCAUCCCUCUCUGUAAACUGGCUCCAUCCCUUUUUGAUUUCUGAUUAUUAUUUUUUAUUCUUCUUUUGCUUCGCGGCUCUACCCACCCACCCCAUCUGGUUUUACUGCUCGAUUUCUUUCUUUUUUUUUUUUGGUAGACUAGUGUGGUCUGACAGUACUAGACUUUGGAUCGAUGAUUACAAUUCCAGCUCCGAUCUGAAUCUGAUUCCGACGGUUGUAUGUGAUUUGAUAGGCAUUCAUGGGGGUUUCUUCCUCUUAUUUUCUUUUAUUUCGUCCUUUUUAUCCCCCAAUAUGGGUCGAAAAUGGAGGAGUGGGUUUCUCUUCCCUUCCUUCCAUUUUCUUCUUGUUCUGUCAAAAAAUGGACCAGCCCAUACCGCUCUUACUUGGAAGUACUGCACUGUGUACAUACAUGAUAGCAGGUAACCCGGCCUGUUUUCUCUGCUUGCUUGGUGCGUACAGCAGGUUUGUAUUGACUACCCAAGCAGAGCGCAGCAGCAACCCUCAGUUCCUGAGGAUCGAUGUACAGUCGGGUACGGUACGUACGUACCUUGAAUGGAUUGCGUUUCUUUCUUGCAGCGAUUGGUUCCACCCUAUCCCAGAUUCCGGUUCUUUCCCUUUGAAUCUGAUUUCUCUGUCAUCGGCCUACUCGGAGGACUAAACUAGGAUGUAGUACCCCAGUAUCUAGACUAAGGUACCGUAGUCUUGUUGCCCGUACCGUCGUG